AUGAAGACUCGCAACGCCUACAACGCGAGACAAACCGUCUUCAUGGUGUUAUGGAACCACCGAUAUCUCGUGAUGCUUAUUUUCAUCGCGACAUACAUCUCGCUUGAAUUGUUUCACGGUAUUAGGGAAGAUGUAAAUUCUUUUUGUCGAAAUAUCCCGAAACGCAAGGGCUCUGAUUUCGAUCGACAAUAUACAACGAUCCCUCUCUUUACGACCACCUACACCAGAAAUCACUACCAUCACUACCACAAAACUCCUCCUCCUCAGGGUAUUCCCCAAGAUUCCAACUACCCUUCACCUCUAAAUGAUUCUCAACCAAACCUUAAAUUCUGCUCCGAUUCCGACAAAUGUAAAUUCCUCUUUCCCUAUCAACCACCGUCCUACAAAAGUUCAAAAUCCAUUCAGAUUCAGUUCUUCACUUACGUGAAUCUCGCUCAAAUACUGAACCUCACGGUGGUAUUACCAUCAAAUGUUGGACAGCACGAAUUUAGACUGUGGAUGAACUCCCGAAUUCGCAAACCAAGCAUAAUUCACGAGUUCAUUUCCGUUUGGGGUAGUAAGGUGGAAAGUGUCGAGGUGUUAAAUAAGGAUCAUCCGGAUUUUUAUAUUCACGAGUGGUCUGAGAAACUCGAUUUUUCUCUUUUCGGUAAAAACCGCGUGAAAGAUCGCGAUGGCAUCAAUGAUCGUGAACGAGUGACAUUCAAGAAAAUAAAUUUGGGGUUAAAAAGCUUUUCCUCAAAAAAAUCCGUUAAACGGGCGACGCAAUUUUUACUGGACGAGCUGAAAAACAAUGAUGCCGAAGUAUUAUUGCUGGCCCAUGACUUGAAAUUCGACGAGUUUACCAAAGCCUUUUCGGCCAUCAAAGACUCGAAAGAUUACGUGUCUGUGGAAAAGAUCGACGAGAUCUGCAAUAAAGUAAAUUUGUAG